AUGCCAGGGCUAGGAAGAGAACGAGAAUGGCCUGCGAUAAGUGCAGCUCGUCUCGAACCAGAUGUGACGGCCUUUAUCCAUGACUAUGGGUACUCCUGCCAUUACGACAGGCAGAUAAAGAAACGUGGCAGGGCAAAACGGAGUGAUAAGCUGGACCGAGUGCCAGAAACAGCUGCCAGCAAGAGUAUCACCAAUACGCCCCCAUCUGACACACAGAACUCCCAAAACCAGUUUCCAUCCCCGACGGAGCAAGAGGAAGACCAUAUAUCUCCAGUGGAGAGCUACAGGAGACACUCUCUUCAGAGGCAACCCCAUAGUCAUGCAGCCACUUCCAUUUCUUCCCUCCCUCUUGGGUCACCUCCAGGAGACACAUUCUCUCUAGAAGCCCUCAACCUCCAGCCCACUCGUGGAAGUGCCCGGCAAGGGCAACAACGGCAACCACCUGCUCCUAAUGGAUUAGAACGUAUAGUGACGAGCUGCCCCCAACCUACCACACCAAACGAUGUCCAGGCCAGCCGGAAUCCAGCUCAGCACCGUCAUAGCAUUCCCUCAGUAACCUCCAGCCCCAUCUUCAACUUUACCCUGCCAACUCCGAAGCCUUUACACGGCGAGCCAAACUUCGGUAUUGCUCACGAUACAUGGGCUUCAGAAUGUCGGUAUCGAUGCCUGGACCCAUUGAUGCCAUAUUUCACUCCCGUCUUCUCGCCAUCACUUGCAUGUGAUCUUGUCGACAUAUUCCUUGUAGACCCGGGCACGUCUCUUUUUCGGUGCGCAUCACCCUACAUAUUAACCCGUAUAUUCCGCAAAAAGUCCCUGUUUCAUCCCACAAGCCCGCGCCAAACAUCACCAGCACUCCUGGCAACCAUCCUUUGGUGCUGCGCACAAACUGCUGAUAUCUCUGCCCUGCUGGUUCCGGGCUCUCGUGCGAAUCUUACCAACGCUCUCUACGAGUUAGCUACUUUCCUGAUAUCCAGACGUGAUCCAGAUCGGUGGCGCCGAAUCCAUGGCGGUCUGCGGACAGAGAAUGAGCAAUGGCAAGAGACUAUUCCUGACCAUGCCAUGCCCAAUACGACCGAAAGCAAUGAGCCCGUCGGCGAUGUUGACGAUGUAUUGACAUUUCUUUUGCUAUGUAUCGGCGUCAGCGCCUCGGAUUUCAAGUCCGAUAGCUACAAGUGGUGGAGCAAAGCUCGACGGCUGGCCAUGACUCUCCGUCUCAAUCAGCUAGAUGCCUCCCAGGAUCUUGACGUGGUCCCAACACCUACAGCCUCAGUGGCAGACAUCGAAGCCAAGGAAGAGAAAAGACGGGUGUUCUGGCUCCUAUUUGCUCUAGACCGCCACCUUGCGCUCUCCUUUAACCGGACAUUGGAGAUCCCUGAUUCAAUAUGUGAUGUCUACGCCCCUCUGCCCGAGAAUGUAUGGGAAAACCUUGACGAGAUUCCACCCCAUAGCCUGCCUCAGCGAGUGAUUGGCCCGCCUACCAUCAUCACAGGUGCCGGGUUCUUCGAGUAUUUCCUUCCCCUCAUGGUGAUUCUGGGCGACAUCAUCGAGACCCAUCACAGCCAGCAUCACCCACGCCUGGGCAAUUUCGAUUCCUCGUUCGCCCAGAGCGUCAUCAAAAACACCAUUGCAAACUGUGAGGGCAGCCUCGAGAGACUGGCGCACCAAAUCGAGCUCGAGAGCGGCGCCGCAGGAACCCCGAUGCACAUCAGCAACCUGGUCACGGGUCUCAACCACCAGGAUUCCUCCUCUUCAAGACGACCCCUCGUGCGCGAGCCCACGACCGCCAUGGGCGACCGGUCUCACAUGACCCUCGUGGUCGCGUACAGCACCUUCAUCCUGCACGUCCUCCGCGUCCUCCUGCACGGCGGCUGGGACCCCAUCAAGAUGCUCGACAACGACGACGACUGGAUCACCACCCCGCGCUUCGCCGAAUGCGCGUCCCACGCCAUCGCCGCCUCCGAGGCCGUCUCGGACAUCAUCAAGCUCGACCCGGAGCUCAACUUCAUGCCGUACCUGUUCGGCAUCUACCUCCUCCACGGGAGCUUCAUCCUCCUGCUCUUCGCGGACCGCAUGCCCCAGCUCGGGCCGAACCAGAGCGUCGAGCAGGCCUGCGAGACCAUCAUCCGCGCCCAUGAGGUCUGCGUGGUGACGCUGAGCACGGAAUUCCAGAGGAACUUUCGAAGGGUCGUUCGAUCGACACUUUAUAGCGUUCGUGGAGGAAGUCCCGCGGGGCGCGAAGAGCACAAGGCAGCUCGGAGACAGAUCCUUUCUCUGUACCGGUGGACUAGAGGCGCAAAAGGGUUGGGCAUCUGA